AUGAUGCAGGACGAAAAUCAAAAGCUCCAGUCACUUCUCAGCCAAGCAGAAUCUGUGGCCAUCUUGACAAAGGAAAUCUUAAACGCUGAGAAAACAAGUCAUGAGUUACUAGGAGACGAGCUUCAAGUCAUGAAGAACUGGUUGGCUGAACUAGGCGGAGAAAACGCCAAGAUGAAAGGAGAAUUAAAAGAAAAGACACUGGACAUAAUGUUACUAGAGAAAUCAUUAGAAACUGAGAGACGAAAUAACAAUACUCUGCAGGAUGCUCUCCAUCGUCUGAAAGAAAUAGAGAACUUGCUGGAAGAAGCGAAGAAAAGAGAGAACGAGAAAGACGAGGAGGUCGAGAGGCUGCACAAAGAUAAUGAAGUCUAUCGAGAACAAAUUGAAAAUAUGGAGAUGAAGCUGGAAAAUAACUGCGAGGAGACAGAAAGGCUAUUCAGAACACUCAAGGAGCAGGUACAUAAAAACAGUCUCUUAGUUAAGGAGAAGGAAGACGUAGAGAUUGAAAUGAAAAGGCAAUAUCAGGAGAACCUGAGGCAAAAGAAAAGAGAAGCAGAGGAGCAGAAUGAACGGGAAAAGCAAAUCCAGGAUAACAUGGAAAGCGUCCUCCGUCAAAAACAGAGCCUGGAAUGCUUGCUGGAUUGUAAAGAAAAAGCUAUCAUCUCUUUGAAGAAGAAUGAGGGUGAAGCCCAGCUGGAAGUGCAGCGACUUCUCAAGGACUGCGAUAUGCUGAAAGAAAAGAUUCAGCUACAGGAGCAGAAUAGAAUGAGAGAAGAAAAGUGUCUCAGGGAACAGCUAAGAACACAGGAGGAGGCUUUGAGGGAACAUGACAAGUACAUGUUGAUGAUGUUUCUACAUGGGACUGCUCAGAGAAAUUUCCAGCUAGAACACAUUGCGCUGGAACAUGGAGAUGAUAUGAUUGAAGAAGGGAAGCGAGAGAAGUGCACAGGGGGAACAAUAGGAAGGAAGGGGACAGGGAGUGAGGAAGACCCCUGUGAGAAGGCCCGUGAGACAGAAGAAAAACAACGUAAGAAGUACUGGAAUGCCCAGCGGGAGAAGAACGAGGAUUACGAGAAACAAUGGGAGGGCCUCAAGCACAUUGUGGAAGAUGUUCUUCACGGAGAUGAAUAA